UUUUUUUUUUUUCUAUUGUCUCCCCACUCUCUCUCUCUAUCGUAACUUUACUUAUUGAUCAUUAUGUUAAAACGUAAACCAAGUCAUUUAGCCUUAUCAUUUAUUAUGGCUUUAUUGGUAGCCAGUGUGUCUGGUCCACAAUAUAUCUUUCCAACCUAUGGUACUUCUUUAGCCACCAAGUUUCACUGGACAGCAUUAGAAAAUAGUUUGGUCAGUACCGCUUGUUUUUUAGGUGUUUCCUUUUCUGGUCCAUUGUGUUCAUGGAUGAUUGAAAGAUUAGGUUCUUCAAGUACUUUACGAGUAGCAGCUUGUUUUGGAUUCUUUGGCAACUUUUUAUUGGCACAAACUUAUAUUGGUCGAUUACCUUCUCAUUUUCAGCUAUGCGCUAUUUACUUGGUAUUGACAGGAUUCGCUAGUGCUGCCGCAUAUAUUUGUGCAUUAGAGAAUCAGUCUUAUAACUUCCGACAUCAUCGUGGUAUGGCUAUGGGAUUUACUAGUGCUGUCUUGGGUCUAUGUGGUUUAAUCUUUUCUCAAAUCAAUGAUCAUUUCUUUAAAAACAAUCCAAAUGGUGGUGGUGAUGAAAAUACUUAUGAAUUCCUUAUGUUUUUAUCGGUGGUGACAGCAGCUGGUAUGCUGAUCCCUUCUUUUAUACUUGGUCCACUCUCUGAUGACAAGAAAUAUGAUGAUGAAGAUGUGAUUUAUCGCCCUAUUUAUCCUUCUGAUAUGGAUCUAGAUGAUGAUGGAUGUUCAAGCCAUCCAACCUUAGUUGAUGAUGAUAGUCAUGAUGAUGAUGAUGAUGAUGAAUUUGCCGACACUCCUUUAUUGGCCAACAAUAUCAAUUACAAUAAUCACAACAUUAAAAAGCCUAUCAAUUAUGCUCAUGAUACUGUGGAAGUGAUGAAUGAACAACAAAAAGAAGAAGAAGAAUCGAUUUCUGGUCUUGCUCUUUUUACUCAUCCUGUAAGUCUUACUUUGUUUGUGGCCUUAUUUGUUGUAUUGGGAAUUGGUUAUGUUUAUUUGGCAAGCAUUGGACAGAUCUUAUUAUCUCUUACUGAUGAUAAUGAAAAUCCUCAACAUGUACGCAACAUCCAUGUUUCUCUCUUUAGUAUCUCUAAUUGUACUGCUCGCGCUGUAUUCGGAACUCUCAGUGAUAUAUUGAAGAAUCGAUAUGGUAUUCAUCGAUUAUGGGUCUAUUGGAUGGGGAUUGUGGGUUUGAUUCUUUCUCAACUAUACCUGGUGACCUUAGUUUCAUCCUCUGAUACAUUGAUUCCUUGUACUGUGACUAUGGCUUUGGUGUAUGGUUUGGCUUUUGGUAUUGCUCCAGCUGCUGCAGCUGAAUUUGGUACCAAUGUAAGUACAUUCUAUACAAAUACAAACAAAAUUCAAUAUUUAUAUUAUAUGUAGGUAUUUGCACGCAAUUGGGGUAUUCUUUUAUUUGCACCUGCUUUAGGAAGUCAAGUGUUCAAUGUAUUGUUUGGCGCAUUGUAUGAUCAACAAGCUGAAAAACAAGGUGUCCAUAUUUGUCAAGGAACUGUGUGCUUCCGGAACACUUAUUUGAUUGGUAUAAUGGCUGCAUUACUUUGUUUAAUCAUGAUGACUUGGACUAUGAUCAAAUGUGGUUUAUACAAACGAACUAUCUGAUUCCCUACCUUUUUUUUUUUUUUUUU